AUGGAGGAAAUUUCUAAUUUAUGCUCAAGCUCAAGCUCAAGCUCAGAUGGUGGAGAAGAUGAGAACGGAGAAGAGGUUGUAUCUGACUGGUUGGAUGCUAAUGACGAUGACAUUCUAGUAUCGUGUGGGGAUGCAGAAUUGGGGAACUUUGAUGAAGUGGGAAACUUAGGAGAUGAAAGUUUAUGUCGUACACCAUCGGAGAUAAUUUUGAAUUGUGAGGGCAAGAGUGUAGUGGAAGAGGAAGUUCUGGCUACCCCUGUAGUUGGUAUGACCUUUUCAUCAUGGGAUAGGGAUGAUGAACAUUUUAGGAAAUACGGAAAGCAAUGUGGUUUUGGGGUUGUUCGUGCUUAUGGUAAUUACAGUCGCAAAGCUGGUGAGAAGAGGACCUUGAGGAGCUAUGUUUGGAAGUGUGAAUGUGGAGGCGAACCAGAUUUACGAUUCCGGACGAAGGGGGUGAAAGCUAAGGGGGCGAUGAUUACCGCCCCUGGUGUCCUUGACAAGAGGACUAACAAUUCUGGAACUUGGGAAGUAAGGAAAGCAGUAGUUGAACACUUGAAUCACAAGCCAACGCCCCUUAAGUCUCGAUAUAUCUCAAUGUAUAGGAGAGAUAGUAUUACUUCUAUUGUGAGGAGGAGGUUAUUCAAUGGUGUUGGUGGUGGUUCCAAGAUCAGUAACAUUCACAGGAGCUUAGCUAAAGAGAGAAAUGGUGUAGAAAAUAUGUCUAUAAGUGUGAAGGACUUGAGGAACAUAGUGGCGAAGGAAAAGAGGCUCAAGAUGAGAGGUGGGGAUGCGAAAGCCAUGUUUGAUUAUUUCGAUAAGAUGACUGCCGGAAACCAUAAUUUUUUCCAUCGUUAUAGAUUAAAUUCUAAGAAUCGCUUGACUGAUGUUAUGUGGGUUGAUGCAAGGAGUAGAGUAGCCUACCAAGACUUUGGGGAUGUAGUAUGUUUUGACUCCACAUAUGUCACAAACAAUUAUGAGCUUCCAUUUUCUAAUUUUGUGGGAGUCAAUCAUCAUGGGCAGACUAUUUUGCUUGGCUGUGCACUAGUGUCUCAUGAAGACACCGAAACAUUUGUUUGGUUGUUCAAAACUUGGCUCCAUUGUAUGGGAGGCAAAGCUCCUAUUAGUUUUUUGACUGAUCAAUGUGCAGCAAUGAGGGCGGCUCUUGAAAUAGCUAUGCCUAUGCCAACCACUAAGCAUCGAUGGUGCUUGUGGCACAUACUUCAAAAAUUUGGCAAAAAGUUGGGCAACUAUGCAAAAUAUUCGGAGUUCAAAGUUGUGUUACAUAACGUGAUUUAUGAUAGUUUAACAGAAGCAGAGUUUGAGGUGAAUUGGACUUCUUCUAUAGAGUUAUAUGGACUUGGUGAAGACGAUUGGUUAAGUGGUACGUCUGUCAUCCUUUUAUCUCAUUUAAAGGUAGAUGGUCUUUACAAUUAUUGUUGA